UGCCGCCGCCGCCGCCGCCAUGGCUCCCGGCUCCGACCGCCUCUUCGACACCCUGGGGCACUUCGGCAGAUUCCAAGCAUGUGUCUAUUUUGCAUCUGUCUUUCAAGCUGUGUCAUGUGGCAUCCAUUACUUGGCUUCCGUAUUCAUGGCUGUUACUCCCAAAUUUGUAUGCAGUAUCCCUGGAAAUGUGAGUAGUGUUCUGUACUACAACUCCUCUGCUUCAAGUAUAGAGGAUGUCUGGACACUGUGGACAUCAACUGAUAAUUAUAUUGUGGCCCAGCUGGAAAAUGGAGAAAUCUGGGAACUUAAUCAGUGCAGCAGGUCCAGACGAGAGGGCAGUUUGGAUCUAGCAUAUGAAUAUAAUGGCAACAAGUCUGUGUUUUCCUGUUCUCAUGGAUAUAUAUAUGAUCACACUAAAUGGAAGAGCACCAUUGUUACAGAGUGGGAUUUGGUCUGUGAACGAGAAUGGCUUGCAAAAUUAACUCAACCCACCUUCAUGCUUGGAGUCCUAAUUGGAGCAGUGAUUUUUGGUGAUAUUGCUGACAGAAUGGGAAGACGGCAUAUAAUGUGGUUCACAAGCAUUGGCCAGUUUUUAUUUGGCAUUGUGGUAGCAUUCACAUUUGACUACUACAGCUUUGUGGUUGCACGUUUUCUCCUUGCAAUGGUUUCAAGCGGCUAUCUGGUCGUGGUUUUUGUUUAUGUGACAGAAUAUGUUGGCAUUAAAGUUCGAACAUGGGCAUCUAUGCAUGUCCAUGCUUUUUUUGCUUUGGGCGUUAUGGUAGUGGCACUGGUGGGAUUUUUAGUACGGACAUGGUGGGUCUAUCAGAUAUAUCUUUCCAUAACAACUCUUCCCUUUGUCUUGUGCUGCUGGAUGCUUCCAGAGACGCCCUUCUGGCUACUAUCAGUGGGGAGAUAUGAAGAAGCACAAAAAGUAAUUAAUAUAAUGGCGAGAUGGAAUAAAGUAAGCACUCCUUGUAAAAUUUCUGAACUGUGUUCAAUCCAACAAGAUGCUCUAGUCAGUAGCAGAACGGGUGAUAAUGACGUUUCUACAACGAAGAAGCACAACAUCUUAGAUCUGUUUUGUAAUAGGUACAUUGCAAGAAGGACCAUUACAGUCUGGCUGAUUUGGUUCACUGGGAGUUUAGGAUACUAUGUAUUCUCCCUGAGUUCCGUCAAUCUGGGAGGCAAUGAAUAUUUAAAUCUAUUUCUCAUAGGUGUUGUGGAACUUCCUUCAUAUGUCAUUGCCUGUAUUGGGAUGGACAAAUUAGGAAGAAGAAACACCUUGAUUCCAUCUCUUAUAUCCAGUGCGUUGAUCUGUGUUUUGAUUAUGUUGAUUCCUCAGGAUUUUAAUGUAUUAAUUAUCUUAGCAAAUAUGGCUGGAAAGUUCACCAUAGGUGUUGCAUUUGGCCUUAUUUACCUAUACACAGCAGAACUCUAUCCAACGAUUGUACGGUCACUUGCAGUUGGAAGUGGGAGCAUGAUGUGCCGUGUUGGGAGUGUGGUUGCUCCUUUUUGUGUUUACCUGACAAGUAUCUGGAUCUUCAUGCCACUGUUGCUUGUUGGUAUCAUGGCAUUCCUGAGCGGAUUGUUAACAUUAAUGCUUCCAGAAACUCUUGGAAAACCAUUGACUAAUACUUUGACGGAAGCUGCAGAAAUGGGAAGAAAGCAGGACAUCAGUUCAGAAAAGUCCCCUCCAGCAGAGAGUGGUGUGAUGUUACAAAAGAUAGAGAUUCUUAGCCAAGAGACACAAGGCAUCGAGAAAUAAAGCAACAUCAAAAUUGUUAUCAUCGGUUUAAGUUACCAUUAAUUUUUAAGGUCAUUUUAUUACAGUCUCUGACCAUCUUACUAAUAUAUGUGCCUUUUCAUGUGUAUGGAAACUUGCCUUUUCAAUAUAAGAAUAAAAAUGCCUUAUGAUGACAGGAGACUUUAAGGAACUAGGAAAUUUUUGAGGGCACUUUCAGAGCUAUUAUGAAACUUAAUCUUUAAAAAUUGGGUUAUUUUAUCUUAACUGCUUGCAGUGACUAGCAUUGAUUGUGGAAGGUUUUUUAUGGAUUCCCAAAACAUUUUCAUUCUGUGCUUUAGAUUUUCCUUAGCCAUGUUUUUAAUCUCAUGAUAGAAUUCCCUUUCAGUUCCUGUCAUAUUACAACUGGGGGGAAAAAAAGUUUUGUGACUUUGUAAGGUAACUCCAAGCACAGUGUCAUAAUUCAGUUUACGGUUGCAUCAAAGCAUGGCAAUAAUGUGAAAGUUUAAACAUAUCUAUACAAUUAUGUUUUUCACAUUUGCUUUGAGAAAAAUGCCAUUGACGAUAAAGAAAUUAUGAUGUUUGCAACUGAAAAAAGUCUACAUUUCCAAAAGCAAAUAAUAAGCAAACUGCUUGUUCUGUUGAAUUGCAAUGAUAUUUUUAUUAGUACAUUAGAGAAAUGCUGCUUAUUGACUCCAUUGUAGUUUUUUUUGGUCUAUGUUGUACAGUUAAAACCUGACAUCUUUAACAAUUUUAUUCAUUCCAGACUAUUAUAUGAUACCUCCACGUUUAUUGUAAGUUUUUUUAAAAGCCUGUAGGGUAGUACCAACACCUUUGCAAAAUGCCUGCACAGGGGCUAUUCAUUCCUUAAGUUUUCAGAAUAGUAGAACUUAAGUCACACACAGGCCCUUUUACACACAGAUGUAUCUAGCCCUUAGGGUUUAUUUAAUGUAUACCUGUUAGACUUGAUAGCAAAAUAUUAUCUUUCUUAUAAGCCAUCUACCUGUAAUCUCCUCUUUUUGUUAUUCUGAACAGAGUAGCAAAGCAUUUAAUCAUAGUUUGGGAAAAACUGAUUAGUUAUUAGAAAUGGAUGGAAAUGUCACAGAGUCCUGCAGAUGCCUGUAAACAUCCCUCAGUCACUGUACCAUUUGCAUAUCAGCUGUCAGUGUUGAAUCUGUACAGCUGAGUGGUUCUUAGGGAGAGGGGCCACAGAACAUGUCAGUUCAUUCUAGCUGCUGUUUUCAUGGCUUCCUGUUCUAGUCCCCUCUUUUUAGUUUACCUUUAGAGCUUACUGUUUCUCCCUUCUGUGCAUUUGAAGUUAUUGGGGAGAAAUAUUUCACAUAGGCCAUGGCUGAUAUUUUGCCCUCAGUUAUUUCUGCACAAUCUCACUGGCUUGAUGACAUCUGAAAGCAUAAAACAUCUCAAUAUCUCCAUGCCAUCCUAGUGAAAACAAAGCAUCUCAUUUCAAUUGAAGUUCUGUCCUGGACUUCUGAGUAAUGUUCUGGGUCCAGGCUAAGGACUAACUCAAGUCCUAGGUGGAGAAAACACAUGUUUAAUAGCCAAGACAAUCAGCAAAUCAAAGUAUAGGCAGUAUCUAUGGAAUAAUUUUGCAUAAAGCAGAAAGUGGGGUUUUGCUUCCCUUGCUACACCCAGGAAAAAACACAGUAUUCAGGGCAUGCAUGAAGAACUGUGCUUCUAUCUGCAGACAAAGUCUGAUAUUAAUUUGCAAAGCACUUGAGCACAUGCUUAACAGUAAAACCUUGAGCAAUCUCACCUCUAUGCAGAUAAAGGUAUGUUUUGCUAGGUGGGGAUACUUGCCUGCUUGAACAUUUUGCUGAAUUGGGAACCAAAUGCUCUGGCACUGAUACUUGGUCCCCUUCCAUUUUGCAUGGCAGAAUAGCUGCUUCUAAUCCCUUUCUUCCCCAUGCAAAGGUGUUUUACAGUGCAGGAAGGGGGACAGCAGUAAGAGGAAAUAAAUUGAUUUUUUCUGAUUUUAUAGCAACCAGUACUGUGGCUGGGUCCUUUUACAGGACCAGUGCCCUUUCUUUGGAGUCCACGGGCCACUGUAAAAUAAUAACUUGAAGAUUAAAUGUACAGAAACUAACCCAAAAACACUGAGUAUUUGCAGGACAUUGCCGUGUAUUUGUAACAAAGAAAUAUGAAUUUCAAUUCUGCCAUAUAUGUGAGUACAGGAAAAAACCACUUAGGGCUGAUCCUGCUCUUACUGAAGUCACAACAAGUCAUAAAUUCCCAUGACUUCAGGACCAAGCCCUUAAUCAAAUUAUGUAAAAUAAGGAAAGAGACAAAAGCCAUAACUUGGAAAUGCUUGAGUAAUUCUUAGGGACUGCCACUUGAAUGCUAUCUCUAACAGAACAUGCAGCGUGGUGGUAGGUGCAAGUGUCCAGGCAGGAAGGAGCACAAGCAACAGAAAGUUAUAUCUCCAAGUCUUUUGAAGUAAGAAAGGUAAGUAUGUUAUGGAUAUAAAUAGGAAGAUCCCCAGAAACUGAGCAUGCAUAACUUUUACUGAAGUGAUGCUUGGAUGCUAAAUUUUGUCUUAAAAAUGUUUCAAAAGUUUGGUGCUGAAUCUGGAUCAACAUAUAUGCAUUUUACAUAAGGAGGCUAGAGAAUUUUAACAAAGUAAUUACUGUAUUGAUCACAAGUUGUUAAAUUUUCAUGGGGAUUUACGUAACUAAGUCCCACAAUGGAGGUACCACUGGGAUUCUCUAAACCCUCAUGUAGCUGCUCCUUAAUCCUCAAGGUGCCCAAAGUCCCAGGGCACCCAAGUCACCACUGAUAGAAAUCCUUAAGCACCAAUAUUUUUGCCUGUGGGCAUGCACACCACCUGAGGGCCUGAGCAGCUCAGUACCUAAGCCUAAGGCAUGUCUCCAUUUAUCAUACCUUUGGCAUCCAAUCCAACUGGAUCAGACAGUGCACAAAAA